AUAAAUCACAUUCAACUUCUCUGUGUGUUCACACUCACAGAGCUAAGCUACCAAUGGCGUAUUUUUCUCUGCAUGCUGUGGCUUUUUGCUUGUGUGUGUUGAUUGCUUUGGUCGGAGCCGACAAUGUAGAAGACAACAAGGGUUUGUUUCAUCGUCCACUUGGUUUUUUUAAGGGUAAAAGGUUUCGUGGAGGGGGCCUCGGUGGUGGCAUUGGCGGCGGUGGAGGUCUUGGCGGCGGCGCUGGUGGUGGUUUUGGUGGUGGAGCUGGUGGUGGGUUUGGUGGUGGUGGAGGGCUUGGUGGCGGUGGUGGUUUAGGUGGUGGAGGAGGCUUAGGGCAUGGUAUUUACAAGAGGGGUUUUAAGCAUGGAAGAUUCGGAGGAGGUGGCGGUCUCGGCGGCGGUGGAGGACUCGGAGGAGGUGGCGGUGGAGGACUUGGAGGAGGUGGUGGGCUCGGCGGCGGUGGAGGACUUGGAGGUGGUGGUGGUCUUGGUGGUGGUGGAGGACUUGGAGGUGGUAGUGGAGGCGGUCUCGGUGGAGGAGCUGGUGGAGGCUUUGGUGGUGGAGGUGGUGCGGGUGGCGGCGGCGGAUUUGGAAGUGGCGGAGGUGGCGGUGGAGGCUUUGGUGGUGGUGGUGGUUACGGCGGUGGAGCAGGAAUUGGCGGCGGCGGCCACCACUAAAUGCAAUGUGUUAAAAUUAAAUAUAUCUAUUUCAUAUCUAAAUUGUGAAAAUUAAUGUCCAGCUAUCCAACUACCGUGUCCUUUUAUCAUUGUUUUCAUGUAGAAGAGGUGAUUUUCAAUUAUGUAAUUUGAAAUGUAAUUUAUAGAAACGAAAGGCAAAAGUAAUUUGCUUGGAAAAAAUGGUGAUCGGAAAUCACCUUUUAUCUCCUCCGUUCGUGGUCAGUACGGUGCGUUUUGGAUGAACAGAUCUAGACCAGAUCUUCUUCAUGCAUGCAGAGUAUGGCGCUUGCUAUUCAUGUAAAGCAGUGUUAUUAAUUAUUAUUGCAUCCUCUUUUUCUUAUCUUAUUCUACCUCACUAAUUAAUUAAUUCAAAUAAUUAUGUUUUUUUUCUCUCA